GUCCCAGUGGAACCAGAAAGUCCUUUCCGUCAGGCAGAGUCCGAGUUGUGAGACAGAUGCGAGCUGGAAUGAAGGAAGGUGUGAGACUGCGCUGGCUACCAGCUAGGUGAGAUUCUUGGCUGCAUUGCUAAGGUGACCAGCAGUCUGCGCGCCAACCUUCAGGGUUAAAGUGUUCUUUUUACUAGAAAAGCUGACCCUACAUUAUCCUCUUAAGUCUGCUGUUUCGGCUCAGACUGUGUCCCAUGGGUCUGUCAUGGAGGACCAAGCAUCAUCUCUGGUGUCCACCUCCUCACCUGAAGUCUCUCAACGCUCCUCCAUUACAGCUCAGAACGCUGGGGUUGCUAACAUUCCCCAGCUGACUAGCUGCCAUAUUAGUUCUCUCAACAUAACUCUUCAAACACAUGUGAACUCAGCAGCAAAUGCCAAACAGACUCAUCAGCAAGCUUCAUUUGUUGGCCGUAAUAUUGAGAGAGUCAGAGAUAACCUAAAAUCCACCUUCAGAAGGAAAUUUGAGAUGAUCUUCGAAGGCACGGCUAAACGAGGAAAACGGACUUUACUGAACAAUAUCUACACAGAACUCCGCAUCACAGAAGGGCAGUGGGGAGGUCUGAACAAGGAACAUGAGGUUUGGCGAAUGGACACAGUGUUAAAGACACCUCCUAAGCAGGACAUACCAGUCAGCUGCAGUGAUAUCUUCAAACCCGUAAACAUUCAAAGUCUUGAAAGUGAAACAGAAGAUGAGGUGACUAAAGGCGUGAUACCUUCAGAUUGUGAGAAAGCUGAAGAGAGACAACCCAGAGUUGUGUUGACUGUAGGAAAUGCUGGAAUUGGAAAAACAGUCUCUGUGCAGAAGUUCAUUCUUGACUGGGCUGAAGGAAAAGCCAAUCAGGACAUUGAUCUUCUGUUGGUGCUGCCUUUCCGUGAGUUGAACUCAAUCAAAUAUGAGAAACAGAGUCUCCAUGAGCUUUUGCUUGACUUUCACUCCGAACUCAAAGAAUUUGAGGAUACAAAAUAUUACAAUGAAUGUAAAAUUCUGUUCAUCUUUGAUGGUCUAGAUGAAAGUCAGCUUCCUUUGCUUUUUGGACAGAGAAGAGUCUCUGAUGUUUCCAAAGCAGCAUCAUUGGAUGAGCUGAUAACUAACCUCAUUGAUGGGAAUCUGCUUCCCUCUGCUUUGGUGUGGAUAACUUCUCGGCUGGCCGCAAUAGACAAGAUUCCUCCAGAUCUGAUCCAUCGUAUGACAGAAGUACAAGGAUUCACAGACUUGCAGAAGGAGGAGUACUUCAGGAAGAGGAUCAGUGACCAGAGCUUGGCCAGUAGGAUCAUUUCACAUGUGAGGAAAUCAAGGACCCUUGAGAUCAUGUGCCAUAUACCGGUCUUCUGCUGGAUCACAGCUACAGUCCUGGAACAAAUGCUGAGAGAAGGCCAUGAAAAAAUCCCAUCAUCUCUCACUGAGCUGUACACGCGAUUCUUACUCAUCCAAACAAAUGAAAAAAAGAAGAAAUAUCUUGGGGAAAGAGAAAGUGAUCCUCUGAAGCUCUCACAUGAAGAUGUUCAGCUUAUUCUUAAACUCGGAAAACUGGCCUUCGACAAUCUGCAAAAGAGCAACAUCGUGUUUUCAGAAGAUGAUUUGAAACUGUAUGACAUUGAUGUCACUGAAGCCUCGCUGAGGUCAGGGUUGUUCACUGAGAUCGACAAAGAGGAGGAUCCGAUGUUUCCGGUGAAGAAGUACAGCUUUGUGCACUUGAGCUUUCAAGAGUAUCUUGCAGCUUUCUUUGUCAUCCACACAUACGCUGACACAGGAGUGAACGCAAUGCAAUCAAGCGACAACAAAAAUGCCACAAAACAAUCAUUUAGGGAAAGUGUUGAUGAUCUGGGCUUUCCACAGAGGGUUCCGCAGCAAAAGGUGACCUUGUAUGACUUGCAGAAAUGUGCCAUUGAUGAAGCUUUGAAGAGUGACAGUGGACAUUUAGAUCUGUUCCUUCGAUUCCUCCUUGGCCUCUCGCUGGAGUCAAACCAGAAGUUGCUAAAGUCAUUUUUAAUGUGUGUAGAAAGUGGGCAGAACAUUCAGCAGACCAUCCAGUACCUCAAGAGCAAGCUUAGAGAAGAAGAUGACACAAAGACUCCCUCCUCAGAACGAUGCAUUAACCUCAUUCACUGUCUCAUGGAGCUCAAUGAUCACUCAAUGGCAGAGGAGAUACAAAGGUUCUUAACCUCAGACAGACAAGCUCAGUACAAUUAUACAGAAGGACAAAUGUCCACGCUGGCCAACAUAAUCACUAAGAUUGGGGAUGAGAUAGACAAUUCAGAAGAAUUUCAACGCAUGAUCUCUGAAAUUUGUGAUGGAUCUUAUCACAGUAAUUCAUUAUUUAGGCUGUUUAUCCUCCUGGGUCGCAGGGUUGCUGGACUCUAACCCAGCACUUAUUAGGUGUUAAAAGGUCGGCAGCGCAUCAAAGAGCAGACACACAGACAUGCACAUUCACAGACAGGGGCAAUUUAGCAUCUCCAGUUGGCCUGACUGCAUGUCUUUGGACUGUCAGAGGAAACCCAUGCAGACACAGGGAGAACAAUACAAGUGCAAGCAUCUUUUAGACAGUGUGUAUCGUGUAGAAAAAAUAAGAAAUUGCUCGAACUGGAAAAAAAUUUGCUGAGAGAGCUUUAAAAUUGGCUGAGAGAUAAAACAUUCAGGACUGAUUGCUAUUAGUGCCUCCGUUUCUUUCGUUGAGCUCAGUUAAAGUAGAGAAAUACGAGUUCAUGAGCAUCUGCUUUUUCACUCUGAACUCAAAUAACUUGAGGAUUCGAAAUAUUACAUUGACUAUAAAAUUAUGUUCAUCUUUGAUGGUCAAGAUGAAAGUCAGCUUCACUGGCUUUUAGACGAAGAACUGUCUCUGACAUGUCCAAACUAGCUAUUUGUAUUAGUGACUCACCUCAGCAACACUGUGUUCUUGAGAAAGGUUCUAAGAAAAAGUCUGUCAGAUUCAUGACGUGUUCUUAAAGCUCAGAACUGUUCUCACCUUUAUAUAUAGUGCACCGAGAGGUUUGAUGGAUCAAUGACAAUAAUCAGAUCACAAUAGAAACAAUUUGCCUAAUUGUGAGCUGUGCAAAAGUCAGUGCCUUCAUGGUUCAGCCUGCAUGCUUAUACUGGCCUCAUGGUCCUCACCACCAAUGAUGCGUUACUCCAGUGUUGAAAACUGCUGAAGAUAAUUGGACCAUAUACAGAACCAUCAACACUCAAAGAACCCUUUACAUCAUUAAAGAGUUCUUUGCAUAUUGAAAUGGUUCUUCAUGCUUCUACAUCUUCUGAUGAAGAAUAUGCUGUAGAUGGUUCUAUAUAGAACCUUUGUGAAAAGGGUUCUAUAUAGCACCAAACAGGUUCUUCUAUGGUUGCUCAUUGGUAUCAUAACAAUAGCAGAACCCUUUUUGGUUACAUAGAAAUUCUUCAUUCUUCAUCAGCCUGAAGAACCAUUUCACCAUGCAAAGAACCCUUUAAUCAUGUGUAGGGAAGAAGAAAACCAGAGCAGGUUAAGUGCAGACCAAAAUCCGUUCAAGGUGGGCCGCGAGGAAAAUUUGGACCCUGCUGGAGCCCAACGCACUUGAAAAAUGCAGUCCAAACCCAAAGUGAACAGUGUGUUCCUGUCAGGAUCCAACAUUGUGUUUGAAACUACUAGACACCAAACCUCCAUGCAUUAUUUUAAAAACCAAAACCACACUUUUUGUAGGCAAUCAGGCCUUAUUAGUAUAUCCUACACUGAAAACUGCACAGUGUAUGAGGGGGACCAGUGGUUGUUAAACACAGUUUUACCUUAAUGUGCACUUUACUGUUCCAUGGCUGGACUAGCUGUAACCUCUGAACUCUGAAUGGAGGCGGAGGUAACAUUUUAGUGCUACUUCACCAUUUUGUGUAUAAAAUAUCACAGUUGUAUGUACAUUCAGUAUAUAACAGUUGUGAUGUGCUGUUGUGAUACUGUCCAUGUUUAUUUUUUUUAUUAUUUGUUUACUAUUUUGUUUUGUAUUGUUCGUUUAUGUGCGCACCAAGACAAACUCCUCAUGCAGUUGUAUGUGAAAGUUUGAACACCCCUGUUUAAUUACAUGCUUUUGUUGAUUUUCUAAGUAAAAAUAAGUUCACACAUCCUCUACAGAGAACACGCUUAAAUAUUGCAGUUUUACUGCACAAUUUCUAUUUAUUCUUUUAACAAAUUAGGCAAAAAACAUAAAAUGGGCCAUAAGUUUUUGCUAAUAAACAGUAAUUGUACUUUAAAGGUGUAGAGGCGUUCUCUGUAGAGGGUGUGCUAACUUUAUUUCCACUUCAACCAUCAACAAAACAUGGAAAUUGAUCAGGGGAGCACAAGCUUUUGCUUGCGAUUGUAUAUGUAGUCAUACUUGGCCAAUAAAGUGAUUCUCAUUAUCA